CCCAGACAUUCGUAUGAACGAGAAGAGACCGGCCAGUACAGUUAAUUUGGCAUCAGUGUCAUCCAUUUCAUCUCUACCAGAGGUUGACUCAAAGUAAGCAUGGCUUGUUGUCUUGGAUGCAUUUUUCGGCUUCAUGUUUUCUAAUGGACUUACCAUCACCUAUGGCGUCUACAUGGAGGAUUACAAGGUCAACGAGUUCCCCGACACCUCAGCGUCCUUUUUAUCAUGGAUUGGUUCUAUUCAGGCAGCAAUGCCGUGGUUUUUGGGUGUUGGUGUCAGCAAACUAUGCACCCGUUAUGACAUUCACCACUUGUGCAUGGUUGGUGCUCAUACCACUGGAGUUUCUUUCAUGGGGUGCCAACUUGUCAUCAACCAUGAUUGCGGCAAGCGUGUUGGGUCGGAUCGCAAUUGGUGCCCUGGGUGAUAGAGUUGGCCCGCUCAAUAUGAUGAUAUUCACAACAGCAGCUAGCUGCAAUAGUGUGUUUGCACUAUGGCUGCCAUCUACUUCGACAAGCAUAGCUAUAGCCUUUUCAGUUAUCUUUGGCUUCUUUUCUGGUAUAGUUGCUGGGUUGCCGCCAGUGCUUACCAGCCGCAUUUUUGGUGUUGAGCGCAUGCCAUCCAUCAUUGGGCUGGUUAUGUUUGCAGGCGGGUGUGGCUUCCUUGCUGCAACACCCUCGUCCGGCACACUACUGUCUCGGUUCGGUAACGGAGCGGAUUUCGACAGCAUGAUUGUUUUUACGGGGUUGGUGCUUGCCGUCAGCAUAAUAUGCCAGCUUUCUCUUAGAGUAGCUGUUUCAAGGCGCCUAUUUGAAAAGAUGUAGAGCCAGUUUAAAUACUAUUUGCUCGCUACCCCAUGCUGAAUGGUAGCUGGUAGUAGUGACUAUUGCAGCGUUUUGUGUUUCUAC